CUAUUAAAAACAGAAAGACGACGACGACUCUUCUUCGUUCAGACCAAAACUCUCAAAAUCAGCCAUGGAGAAUUAUUACAAAGAAAUGGAACCGCCAGCUUCUGGGAACCGCCGAGACGCAGUGAAAGGUUACAGCGGGAGCUUCGACGAUUCAGCCGGCGAUCAGAGUCAGACGAACGAUUACCAGUUAAAGAUAAAGAAAAGCAAAAGCGUUCCAAACGCGGAUCGUGCGGCGUCAAGAAGCUGGAGUUUCAGCGAUCCAGAAUCGCGGAGGAAGAGAAGAGUCGCUGGCUAUAAAGUUUAUUCCGUUGAACAGAAGAUGAAGGGAUCCAUUCGAAAGAGCUUCAAGUGGUUCAAAGACAUUAUCGGUAUUUCUUGAUAUAUUUUCUCUGAAUUUUUACUUAAAGAAUCUCUUCUUCAUGCUGUGAGAGUUAAAUAUCUGUAACAAAUACAAACUGAUAUUUUCUUUUCUCUUGCAACUAUAUCAAGGUUAUAUAUAUAUAGAGAGUCUUUGAUUCUUGAAUGAGACAGAUAAUGAAUGAAAUCAGUUUUC